AUGUGCGCUGUCGCACUCAACUUCUCACAGUCCCACCUGACGGCCAAGGCCUUUCCUGUCCAUUAUUUCGAAAAUGCUCUUCAAUUUCUGCUCAGUAAUGGAGGGUACGUUUUGAAAAAUAAAAAGGAAAAAUGUUUUGAAAUCUUCAGAAAAUAUUCGAGCGUCAUCCGAUGCGCCUUCAACGCUUCUCGGGUCCUUUCAAAACUGGGAUUGAAAAAAGAGGCCGCCAUGAUGUUGUCAAAGCUGUCAGCCCUUGUAAGUUUUGAUCGAUGAAAACUUUUUUCUGAGACAAAAUUAAAUAUUGACAAUUAUUAAUAUAUCUUUGUAUUUUUAAUGUUUUUCGUGUUUUAAUCAUACUGUGUGACUCUUAUUAGGACAUACGUGAAGUUACAAAAAUGAGAAAAUAAGUUUUAUGAUGGAAAUGGAAAACUCCCUUAUCUCUGAUAAGUAUCACCAAUUUUUUCCAAUUCAAGGAUGGAGAUCAACUCGUGGCGAUCGCCCAAUCUGAAGCCGCCCAAAAGUUCGAGAACAGUGGAAUGAAGAGAAAAGCCGCGUUUUACCGAGUUCUUGCCGGUAAUCGAUUUGCGAACGCGGCGAUUCCACCGUUGGCUUUUGGUUCGUAGAAAAUCUGAACUUCGAAAAAGAAGAAAAAGUUCACCGAAAUGAAGGAUUAGGCUAUUUUGGAGUAGGACAACUUUUUUGCAGCUUUUUUUUGCACUAUUUUUGAGCUCUUAUGGACCAUUUUUUAUCUUUUGUCGCCAUUUCCGAGCUCUUUCAGACCAUUUUCACUUCUUUUUUCCUUUUCUGCAGCAUUCCUUUCCUUGAAUAAAAAAAAACUAAAAACUAUUUUGAGUAUCCUUUUUGAGACUUUUUUCCAAAAAAAAAGGAAAAAUAAUACUGUCGCUUAAUUUUCGGUUGAUCGUAAAUUUCUAUUGCCCGGCCUUUGAGAAAGUAUUCAAGAAGCCGAUAAUAUUAAUUUAACUCGAAUAUUUUUUUAUUGGUAUCUUAUCCCUGUUUUAGCUGUUAUUUUUAUUAUAGAUUCUUACCAUUAGCCUUUGAAAAACAAAAAAAAGUCUCUUAUCAGUUUUCUAUCAAUUAUCCUUGGUUGAAGUUAAUUUUCCAGAUUCCUAUCGACUGGCCUUUCCGACACUCGGCGAAGAUCACUGGGGGGUCAUCGAAGAGCAUCUGAGCGUGAAACUUCUGACGGAGGGCUCGAAGACCAACGGGAAACUCAAGGCGCCGAUGGCCUUCGAGUGCGUCAGAAGACUCGUCCGCGUCUGUCCCCAGCUCGGCGAGCAGCAACAACACCAGCGACUCGCUCUUCUCGUCCAGAUCCUCACCAACUUCACUGCCGAGGUGAAUGUUGGAAUGUUUAGAAGGGGAUUUCAGAUUAUCAUGAAUUCUGCGGAAGGAACGAAAAAAUAUUUGUUUUAGAACGAAUCCGCUCGUUUGGAUCUCCCCACAGUGGAAUCGAAGAAUAUCAGUGUGAUUUGUGGAGAACGGCCUCUGUGGGACGACACCGCGAAAGAAGAAGGCGAAGUCGGUCACGACGAAUGGAUUUCCAUCGAAAGAGCCGCCCAUCACGCUCUUUAUGGUGGGCUUUUUAUCGACAUUAUCGUUCUUUUUCGAGAAAAUAUAGUUCAAGAAAAAGAGACUUCCUAUCGGACUAGUUAUUAAAUAUCGAAAAAUAAAACGGAGAGUGGAAGUUUAAAUUUCAGGCUCCUCCGCGCCUUUCCGAGGCAUGCAGCUCGUGAGCAACGCCUACACGGACAAUCAGAAGAUUCGGGAGACGCCGAUCGGCGAGAGAUUCCGGGUUCGAUUCGAACUGCGGAAUCCCCUCUCAGUCAGAUUGACCCUGAGAAAUGUCCGAUUAUCUGUUGCUGAUGUUCAUGCCAAAGGUGAGAUCAUUUGCUUGAAAUAAAGAAACUGGGAAAAUUCUAGUGGUCACUUUAGGGUUUGACGUUUUAGUGGCCGCUAUAGUGAUAAAAUAAGCGUUUUAAUGACUUCAUAAGUAGUUCAUGAGAAACCACUUAAGUGACCACUAGAUUUUCGCGGAAAGUUAAUAAAUGCGCCUAUCAAACUUACAAAUCUCAAACUCGAUUUUGAGCUUGCUUGAGCCUGAAAAUCGAGAAAUUGGACUUUAUUGUUGAAGGAAGAUUUUAAAUCAAAUAAUCAUUGGUUGAACACGAAUCUGAACUUUUUACAACAAGAAAAUAGAGGGUAAAAAGCUUGAGAUCAAGUUAUCAUGUAGAGUCUAGGCAAACUCUUAAAAUAGGUUUUCUCUUAAUUUUCCAAUCUAGUUUUUUCCAGACGUUCCCGUCGACCAAUGCCUCCAGGCGGAACACGUCGAACUUGUUCAAAUCGAACCACUGGAAAAAGUAACCCUGGAAUUGGUUGUCAGACCGUUGGAAGGCUGUACGAAGUUCAAAGUCGAUGGAAUCCUUGGUCGGUUGGAAAUCGAUGAAAACCUGGGCAUCCAUAUCAAAGUUCCCGUGGAGAUCAAGGGAAAACGCCUCAACAAAACGCCGAAACAGGUAUCAUAUUUAAGGAAAUGAAAUUUAGGGGUUUUAAGUGGUUUACGAAAUGAAUAUAAUCAGUUAUAAUUAAAAGAAGGGAUAAUUCUAAAAAGAUUAGUUCAAUAUAAAUUGCGCUUGGAAAUUUGAGACCAGAAAAGCUCUUACUAUUCUCAAAAGCGUUGAAACUUGCUCAGGUCGAGGAAAAAAAAAAUUAAUUUUUAUCCUCAGGGCCGACUUCGAUAUGGAAGUUUUUUUAGUUCACCAACUUAAGAGCUCUUUUUUUACCAGAGAAAGUUCUUGACGUUUACCCAAAAAUGGUAAAUAGCCUAAUAUGGCACGAUAAUUCGAAAAAAUCUUAUAACCCUGUAUGAAAAACUUUUAUAGAAGGUUCGGUAUAGGGAAAGACUAAUUUUGACUUCGAAAGAGCGAGUUUGAAAGUGUGCAGUAAACCGAAAGCCCAGAGUUUGAUUUUAAGCAAAAAUCGGUGGUCUACGCGGCGGAUGAACGGCUCCACGCGACGGUCUCCACGAGAAGCUGGCCUCUGCUCGACAUCCGAACCUUGAAAGGAGCUCCGUCCUUCGCCUACUGCGACCAGGCCGUCCGAUAUGUCUUCGAGAUGGAGAACAUCGGCGCCGAAACAGUUUCCGCCAUGACUGUCGCCACGAAUGGAUUCGAUUGCGUUUCGGCUGGCUGGAUGGAUGAGAAUUCCACGAGGUGUGCAUUAAAAUAUAGCAAACGGAAUAAUGAUAUUCAAUGGAACCACAAAAGCUUUCCUGAAUUUCUCAAAUAAUUCCAAAACUCUUUGGGAAGAAGAUUCGAGGCUCGUUAAUGUAUCCGGAAAAAUCAUGAGAUUUGAAAAAUGGAAGGAAGAAACUUUCAGAAUUCCGAUCUCCCGGUCCUUCGCCGCCAAUUCUUCAAGCAUCGUCGUUUUCAACUUCACGAGUCCUGAAGGCGUCCCGUUGAUUCGCGUGGGGGAGAAGAAAAGGUUGGUUUUCAAGGAAAAUAUUUGAAAAAAAAAAAGCUAGAAGUAGGUUUUUGCUCAAGCAGAAGAUCUGUUAAUAAAAAUAUAUUUUACUAUUAACUUAUUUUUCUAGAAGAAAAAGAAGGUUAAACAAAAUCGGUUUCAUUUAGAAAAAAUCUGGAAAGACCUGAAAACCGUGCAAUAAACUCUCAGUUAACAUGAAAAAAUGUUUCUUUCUUAGGAUGUUCAUCGACGUGAGGAUGGCAGCCACAGAAACGAGUUCAACAGCUUUCGACAGCGCGGAAACACGACGAGGGCCGACGGCGAUGCUCGUCGCCUACCGCGGAGAGUUCGGAUCGAUGCGGGAAUGGCGUCGCGUUGUCGACGUCCGACGGAAACGGCUCCUCAACGUCAGAUCUACCUUAUUAGGUAAAGCCGCAAAUUUUGUGCUAAGUCCGGCCUCCUUGAUAGUUUUCUCGUGUCUGCGUCUCUCUGUUCCCUCACCGGUGAGGUCAGAGAAACAUGAAAAUAGCACGACAAUAUGAGAGGGUCACUGAAAGAAAGGAGGGCGCAGACAAAGCUUUUCAAGACGCGAAUGAUUUCAACUAAUAGUUAACAUAACUAUUCUCGAUUUUCAGAUGAAAGCAAAGGAUUGUUCUCCCUGAGCUUCCGCAACUGCGUCGCCACCAACGAGGCGGCACUUUCGAGGGUCGAGAUUUUGAGAAUCAGGGCCGCCUCUAGUGAUCCCGCGACCAGUAGGAAUGCUGUUAAAUUGGCCAUGAUGACCUCAAGAAAAGGUGAUUUCAGAAAAAAAAAAAACCAAAUUUGGGAUUUCUGUGAAAGAAAAGUUAUAUUGAAUCUGAAGGGGCAUCGUAAAAGAGUAAUUAUUUGGAUAAAUAUCAAAAAAAUAUUUUAUUUUUUGAAGAAAGAAGAAGACUGAUGAUAUUUAUCAUACUUCACCAUUUCAGUCGAAAUCGAAAGCGAACAAAGUGACGUGAUCUGCUUGUCGAUGACUUCUGCCGAGGAUGAAGCUCAAAAUGAACUCUGGCUCUCGAAAAACGUCGAUUUUCCCGCCUGGCCCUGUCCCAUACCAGCGCAAAACGAUGAAACGGCCUGCAAAAGGCAAAUCGGCGUCUUUUGGAAGGCCAGCGUUGUCGAUAACGAAGGACAUGUCCGUUUUGAAACAGUCAAAUCGGAAAUAAAUGAAGCAUUUUAGGUGUCGUCUCUGCUGGGCGAAAGUUUCGUGGAUGAUCCGUUCGAAAAGGCCGAUUCGGUACAUCCCGGCGAAGAAGGUGAGGGGGAAUUAUUUAUUUGAUAGGUUGACGUAGUGGGAAUCUUGAGAAUAGAAUGGAAUAAGUGCAGAAAAAUUAUUUAAGUAAGUAUCAUAUAAUCAUUUAAAAACCUGAAGUUCUAUUGUUCAAUGAUAACAGGAUCAGAAUGGUUACCAAAAACUUAAAAAUUUCGAAUAUUUCGUGUGUUGAAUUAUUUUUUUAAAAAAAUGUAUUUUUUUAAAGAAAAAAAGUAACUUUUAUGGAUUUGAAUUGUUGAAUUCUAAGUUGAAGUUUCAAAAAGGCAGUCGUUUUCAUUAUUGCUAGACAUUUAAAAAAAGCCUACUUAAAGGCGCAGGGCGGAGCUUGAAAACUUCUUCUAAAUUUUUUUUUUUUGAAAAAAAGUUUUCUGAUUCAAAAAGUUCCAAAUUUACACUGAAUUUAUCUUUCUUCGUGAGCAGCGCUGUUUCAUCAUUUUUCCUUUUAGAAAGCAAAAAGGAGGCGAACAUCCUGAUCAGUUGCGACGUGGAGAAACUCGUGUCGCACGACUUCAAGUCGCAGCGAAUGUGCGAAGUUCCGAUGCAAGUCAAGAUCAAGAACGUCGACGCGAAAGGCCGCGACGCCAAGAUCAACGUGAAAUUCGUCUCGAAAGUCCGCGAACCGAUCUCCGGCGUCCAUCUUCUGCCGCCGGAGACUCGGCAGCAACUUUGGAUUGAUAGGCCCGAGAGGAAAUUGACCCUCCGCGGACACGAGGAAAAGUCCUUCCGGCUCAAAGUCAGGUCAGGAUCGCGAUAUAAUUUGAUGAAAAGGAUAGAGUACGAAAUCGAGUUGAAUCUUCAGUUUGGAAACAUAAAAACUACUCAUUUCUAGCUGUAACUCUUUUUUUCAAUGAAAUCGAGGUCACAAGGGAACUUUAUUUGGGUAAAAUUUUGAUUACCUGCCUGAAGUGUACUUCUUUAAACUUCAUGUUCUCAAUUCUGAUUUUAGGAUCUUAAAAAAAUGUUCUUGGAAUCAUUUCUGCGGUAAAUUUCCUCAGUCUUAUCGUUUUUUUCACGCUUUUCUUCAAUAUUUUAUAAGUUUUUUUUAAAUCUGAAACAGGCAUAAUAUUUUUUUGGAAGAAUUUUUUUCAAACGAUUUUCUUUUCAUAAAUUUUUUUUUUGUCAACAUUUCGAAAAUAUUGUUUGACUUUUCAAACUUUCAGAAUGGCCCAAGCGUCAGUUUACGACGUCGGAGGCGCCCAACUCCAAAUUGAAGCCCUUUUUGAAGGAGAAGAUCCCGCCGCUGUUCAUAAGUUUAAGGUUAAGCUCAGACUUUCCUUGAUUUAUUCAUCAAAAAUCAAAAAUUCCAUUUUUCAGGUACCCAACUUGCUCUCGGUCGUCAAAGCCGUUUAG